AUGUGCAGCAUCUUUGGAGAACUGGCCGGAGACCAGCUCGCCCGAGCAUCCGUGGAGUUGCCGGCCUCUCGCUUGUGUUUCACGGUGUUGAUCCGCUUCAACAGCUCGUGUAGCAUCGCCGCGGCACAGGCCGGAAUGGAAUCUGGAUUGCAAACCGAGGAUGCGGAGUUCCAGCUCCAUUUCUGUGACUGCCAGCCCAAAAGUCACGUUCCUUUUUCCCAUUCCCAUUUGCUUAGGAGGUGGACUCUUCUAGUGGCUCCACUGCAUCGUAUGCUGGACGGCGAAAAGAUUACAACUAGAAACACAACUCGAUGGGACGAAGAGGUUGACGUGGAAGAAGUUCUCUUUGGGCGCUGCGCUCCUCGUUGGGGUGAUGUGGCUUUGUGGGCCGAGGGCGCAUAUAUUCUCGUGGCGGGGGAAUGGAAAUGCUGGUUUAGAGGAGAAAGACCACGGGAAAAGGAUACAAAACGGAUACGGCGCCUUCCCCUUCCAAAACGCACCACCAACAAGCCCAACAACAUCAUCCACCCGUCCCCGUUCCAAAACCACCCACCACACGCCCAGACUCGUACGAAGCUGAUUCAGACCCUUCGUCAACGACGCACUAUACCCACCUCUCACUCCUCUUCCGGCACUCUCGGACAAUAUGCACGGCCCUUCCCCAGAAUACGAUAUGAAGUAUUUGAAAUGACACAACCGGGUCUAUCCACAUUUGCUGGUAACCCUGAGGGCGCUGCGCGGAGCUUAGACAUACCGCCAGACUUCGUUUUCGCCAUACUCGGUGUUCUUCUCGAGAAGAACGUUGACUCCAGGAUACACCUCCACGCUUUCGAGGUGAAUAUGCAAGUGGACCAUUAUAGAUUGCCCAGAAGUACCUUGCAUGAUCUAGAGCAGUAG